CCGCGGUUUGCUCUUUCUCGCAAACUGGCAAAGUCCAAAAAAGCGCACCAUGUGAAGCUGCUGACGCUCCCCGAGGACCAAGCACUGAAGAUGAUCAAACAAUUGAAAAGAGAGCUAUUCGAACGUAAAUACCAUUCGGCAUACUCCAAAUUAGAGCGGCUUCUGGGCGGACAGAUCAAGCAGGUGCUCAAGAACAAGACUACGAGGCCAGAAGACCGGAGAGUGUACGAGAAGUUGAAGAAUGAAUUGGAUACGGUGAUUAAACAGAAACUGACCAAGGUGGGGUCCAAGAUAUUCCAUCGCGAAGAGGUGCGCGAGGUCCCGCCAGAGUCUUUUUGGGCAGACCGUGAGAAGCUUAAAGGGCACACGUACGAGACAGAACUGAACAAUCUCGUAUCUAAGUUGUUCAAUAAAAACACAGUCAAAGAGGUGGUGCAGCAGACAGAACAUAACUUCAAGCUGGUUCUUGGUGUUGACAAGAGGGAAGCGAAGACUGAGACCGCCAAACGGAGCGAAAAUGAGCAAAAAAUGCUGCAAGACGAGUCUGACGAAGCGAGCGUUUCUGAGGACAGUGAGAGCUCUGACGAUGAGAAAUUGGACACGAUCUAUUCAACCUACAAGUCUAUGGUGGCUGGGUCGUCUGAUGAGGAUGAGGGCGAGCUUGAAGAAGGUGUAGACUACAAUCAGCUCACAGACCAGGAGCCUAGCGAACAGGCGAGCGAGUCUGACGACGAUCAGCCGGACUUCGAGACGGCAAAGGCAGAGCGCAAAAAACUAGACAACGACGACUUCUUCAGUGAGCUGCAGCUACCUGCUCUGGCCGGCGGGUAUUAUUCUGGCGGAGAGGACGAGGAUGAGCUGGAGCAGGCCGAAAAGGACAUGAAGCAGCUGGCCAAGGAGCGCAAGAACAGACGGGGACAGCGGGCCCGCCAAAAAAUCUGGGAGAAAAAGUACGGCAAGAAUGCAAACCACAUCAAAAAGGAGCGCGAGCGGGUGCAAUCUGAGAGAGAGAAGCAGCGUCUUGCGUACGAGGAACGGGUGCGGAAGAGAGCCGAGAAAAAGAAGCAGGAAGAGGAGAAGAAGAAGCAGGAAGAGGAGAAGCGGCGCAAGCCAUCUGUGGCUGACAAAAUGCAUCCGUCGUGGGAGGCCAAGCGGAAGGCCGAGGAGGCGCUGAAAAACGUCAAGUUCCAGGGAAAGAAGGUGAAGUUCGAGUAACGAGGUGUAGAUAUAGAAUGGAAAAGAAAAUUCAC